AUGACGCAAGUGAUUGGGACAUGGGAAUACUUCAUCGAAUGUCCUUCAUUUCAGUACACCAUAACUGUCAAUGAGACGCGGAGACUGGAAUCUCGCGUCACUGAAGAUCGGCUUGCCGUGUGUAUCCCUCCAGCCAUACCAGCCAAUUCCAACAUGUACUUGACGUGCACGGUCACUGACGGGACUGACUUGAGUGAUCAUUUUUCUCCUUCUUCUUCUGGUUGCGUCUGCGCAUGUGGCGAUGUGUUGUGCAGUUCAACGGAGAUAUGCACAGAAAACAACGGCACUGGCGUGUGCACCCGAGCUGGUCCCUACCCCGAAUUCUCCACUCCCGCCCCGACCGUCGGGGCCAAGGGCGACCCGCAUCUUGUCAACUUGCAGGGAGAGCACUUCGACAUCAACCACGAGGGCAACUUCGAACUGAUCCGCUUCCCUCAGGCUGCCGACAUGCCCGUCGAGCUCUCUUUCCUGGCGACAGUCCAGCCAGACCAUGGGAAGCCGUGCACCACGUACAUCACGCAGGUGGAGGUCUCGGGCGCCUGGCUCGGCAGUAAGGGCUUGCAGAUUCGCUGCUACCGCAAGUCCCAUUCGAACGACACCGACGCGUUCCUCGGUGCCCGUCUUCUGGAGGGUGGGAUUGAUCCUCCCUGGCAGACCAUCCAGGAGUUUGGGUCGGAGCGCAUCGUGCUUUCCAAGUCGGGGUCGAACUACGAAGUUAUCUUAGACAAGGCGACGUGGUCCCCCAAGAAGCGUACGGCAGUGGGCCCGACUGCGGCGGGGAUGUUCACCCUGUCCUUGCGCAACAGGAAAAGCGCACACGCCGCCAAGAUCACCGUCCGCCAGGACCUGCCGGACAGGAGCACCUGA